AUGACGCCUGAACAGAAAUACGAGUUGGUUCGAAGUAUCGGGGAGGAGUGCAUACAGGAGGACGAGCUGAGGUUGCUGCUGGAGAAGAAGCCAGAGGUGGUGGCAUAUGACGGAUUUGAACCUUCGGGCCGGAUGCACAUUGCGCAGGGGGUCCUGAAGGUUCUGAAUGUCAACAAGCUCACCAAAGCUGGAUGUACGUUCAAGUUCUGGGUUGCUGAUUGGUUUGCCCAGCUGAACAACAAGAUGGGAGGGGACCUGAAGAAGAUCAGGGUUGUGGGAGAGUACAUGAUCGAAGUCUGGAAAGCUGUUGGAAUGGACCUCAGCAAAGUCAAGUUUUUGUAUGCCUCAGAGGAAAUCAACAAGAGCCCGGCCGAAUAUUGGACACUGGUGAUGGACAUCGCCAUCAAAAACAACCUGAAGCGGAUAAUUCGUUGCUCGCAGAUUAUGGGGAGGGCAGAGACAGAUGACCUCUCUGCUGCUCAAAUUUUCUACCCAUGCAUGCAGUGUGCCGACAUCUUCUUCUUGAAGGCGGACAUCUGCCAGCUGGGCUUGGACCAGAGAAAGGUCAAUAUGCUCGCUCGUGAGUACUGCACCCAGACCAAGAGGAAGUUCAAGCCAGUCAUUCUGUCCCACAGGAUGAUGCCAGGUCUGCUUGAGGGCCAGGAAAAGAUGUCCAAGAGUGACCCCAACUCUGCUAUAUUCAUGGAGGAUAGUGAAUCUGAUGUCAAGACAAAGAUCAAGAAGGCAUACUGCCCCCCAGGCGUUGUUGAAGCCAACCCCUGCAUCGAGUACAUCAAAUUCAUCGUGUUUCCUUGGUUCCAGAAGUUCGAAGUCAAGAGAUCAGAAGAAAAUGGUGGUGACAAGACAUACACAUCGGCAGACGAGUUGGUGGCUGAUUACGAAAGUGGGGCACUCCAUCCAGGGGAUUUGAAGCCCUCUUUGGCCGCCGCCAUCAACACGAUCCUUCAACCUGUGAGGGAUCACUUCAAGAAUGACGCGAAUGCAAAGAACUUGCUGGACAAAGUCAAGGUGGGCGGGCACUGGUCAUGGUUGAGUGCUUGA